AUGCUCUUGGGCAAAGAUUUCGAGUGUCGGCUUUCAUUCCUUUGCUUUCGUUUCACCGUCAUCGUUGAUAGCACGCGGGGAUCGCUGUGGCCUGUCGCAAUGCGCUGCAUCGGCAACUUUGUCUUUGCUCUCACGGCCAGCGUCGCCGUACCGGCGGUCUCGACGGGCGUCGUGCUGCCGCUCUACAUCUACCCGUCAGCCGAAUACGACGACGGGGCUUCCAACUGGGCGCCGGCGUUUGACGCCAUCUCGGCGCACCCAAACCUCCCCUGGCUGGCCGUCGUCAACCCCGGCACAGGCCCGGGCGACACGCUGCUGCCCGGAAACAACGACACCAACUACAUCGCGGGUGUGUCGAUGCUCAACGGCUUCGCCAACGUCAAGACGCUCGGGUACGCGCGGACAAGCUACGGAACGGCGCCGAUGGAGGAGCUCAAGAAGAACAUCACGGCGUGGGCGAACUGGUCCUCGUACGCCGAGGCCAACAUCGCCGUCGAGGGCAUCUUCCUGGACGAGUCGGACGACUUCGACUUCAUCACCGAGAUUGCCACCUUUGCGCGCGAGGUGUUUCCGAAGCCCAUCACGGUAUUUUGUCACUUCGGCACCGCGACGGCGGAGGUGUACUACGACGUGUGCGACGUCGUCGGCGCCUUUGAGAGCUACGGCUCGUACCUCAGCUCGACGACGAUGCGCGAGACGAUCCCGGCGGGUCGGGCGAGCAACGCUGCCAUCAUCAUCCACGGCUUCCGGGGCAAGACGAGGGAUGGCAUCACGGCAGAUGUCGACGGGUUGAAGCAGUACAUCGACCUCAUGUGCGAGAGCGCCCUGGGCUGGCUGUACUUUUCCUCUGGCUACUUUUCGAGCAUGUCGAUCGGGCCUGCCACCGUCGGGCAAGUGGCUCGGCAGCUGGCAGCAAUAGACAGCUCGUCCGUCGGUGAACAGCACGGUGGGAACGGGGGCAGUGACGGCGGCGAAAACGGGGGCGAGGACGAUGGCCAGGACGGAGGCGAUGGCGAAGAGUCGGAAGAAGGGUCGGAAGAAGAGGCGGCGGCGGCGGUGGCGGAGGAAGAGGAGAAGGAGAUGGCCGUGGAGGAAGAAGAGAGGGAGAUGGUCGUGGAGGAAGAAGAGAAGGAGACGGCGGUGGAGGAAGAAGAGAAGGAAACGGCGGCGGAGGAAGAAGUGAAGGAGACGGCAGUGGAGGAAGAAGAGAAGGAGGCGGCGGAGGAGGGCGGCGAAGUCGACGAGGACAGGAGAAAGCCCAUGGACCCUAAGCAAUCAGGCAAGGCUUUCUCCUCCUCGUCCCGUCAAGACUCCAGCCGGAUGGCUCGGAUGGCUCGGAGCAAGCGACGGCAUCGAUCAUGGCCCUCGGCAGGGUAG